UUAAUAAGACUACUGACUAGAAGACUGGAUUUGUAAGUCCCAAACUAAGCUUUGUCUAUUUUAAGUAAUGGAAUCCAGACGUCAUAAAGAUCUGCUAACUUCAUUAUUGGAUUCCAAAAAUUUCUUCUUUGGAGUCAAAAAUUUAUCAUCAGAAGAAUCACAAUGUCUCCUAGAUCCUGACUUCAUUAAUUUUUUUCUUAAUUUCUUGAGGGAAUCAUCGUUUAUUGUGUUAAAUAAUGAUUGCUCCAUUGCGAAUGUCAGUGAGAUAGACACAAAAAAUGGACCGCAAUUUACAGAAGUAGAUUCACGAUGUAUGCCAUUGCAGGAAAUGCAAAAAAUGAGUACCCCAAAAGUACGAGAUGAUAUUGCAACACCUAAGUCAUUUAGAGACCUUCACACUUCUUCCCUGAAUAAUGAACAAACACCAAAAUAUGGUAGACAGACUUCUAUGCAACAAGAUCACAGUAAAUACUCUGGCCAACGAUAUAAAACAAAACCACUAAGUCUGAGUGAUUUUCUUAGUCCUGAAGCUGUUCACAUUCAGUCACAAAGUUCAUCAAAAAAGAAGGCUCAUAAAUCUCGAUUACAGAAAGGAAGAAGAAUAACCCCAGUUUCGGAAGAAAAAUGUGAUUGUAUCUCAUCUUCUGCUAAUAGCAGACAAUUUUCAAGAAAUGAAAUAUCUUUUUCUCCUCAUUAUGAAAUGUCCAAGACGUCGGUAUUUUCACCUCAUGAUACUAAAAGUCCUAUCAAUCCUUUGUAUUCCGGAGCAAGUCGAAGUAUAUCAUUCAACAUUGAGGAAGAAUUCCCUAAACUAUCAGAUACACCUAAACAGUCUAUAAACUGUAAACCUUCAAGGAGAAUAAAACCAACAACUGUUACUGCUGGUAUUAAGUCAGAACUACAUGUAUUAUCUUCAGCAAGUGGGGUGAAUAUAAAAAACUCCGAUAAUCCUUUCACAACUGCUGUUCCUAUAACACCUGCAAGUGGUAUCGAUCUGAAUAUUGAGCGACAUCUUCUGUUAAAAAUGAAGAAUCGUGAAAAUGGUUCAAACACAGAGUUACAGAAGAAAAAUAUGAGAAUUCCGAUAAAAUCGAUGGAAGAUAUCAGCCCUGUGAAGAAAACAACAUCAUUUCCGGAUCCUACACAUGUUUUUGAGUCUGACCGCAUAACAAUGCUUGCAGCAUUGCACUCAUAUUUCAUCAAUAUGCUGCUCGUCCCAAAUAUAAUCACCGAACUACAUUUUAUAAUUGAUCUUUUGACUGCGUCAUGCUGUGUUGAGAAACCAAACAGUUCUGCUCCAUCAUUAUGCAUUACAGGGAGUUUGUGUAAUUCGUCAGAUAGCAAUAUUGGAGAACACACUGAUUCUGUAUUGAACACCAAUGUUCUGUCAACUGCCGCAAACUGUGUUUUCUUCGCCAUCCAAACUGUGCAAUAUCUUGUUUCUUCUGGUUUUAUAUCAAUCUUGUCUCGUUCAACUCUAUCGUUGCUUGUGCAAAAUUAUAGGAUUCAGCGCUUCUUACCUUCAUUGUCAAGUCAACUCUCAAACUUAUGUGAAGAAAUUGAGGAGAAAGAAAAAGAUUUUUCUGGUGAUGCUUUGGAAUCUCAAGAAAAAUUGCACUCACUGUCAGGUGUUCCAUUUGAAGCUGACACUGAUGAUAGAAGUAAUUUUCCUUCUGAUAAAUCAUUUCAUGCAUUUCGAAAACAUCGGGAUUUGUUCUAUUCUAUUCUUAGAGAGUAUGAAGACAGAAGAAAUGACCCCAAUUUCAAUAUUCAAAAUCAUCUUGCUGGGAAAAUAAAGAAUCUUGUGCUUCAAGUAAAAUCAACAGCAACUUACAAGCCAUUUGUCAGACUGUUUGUAAGUCAAAUGCUGCAAGGUGCAAACCUUUCUGAAAUCUCGACACAGAUGUCAAAUAGAAGUUUCGCAAGAAGUAGUUUCAAUGAUAGCCACACAAGCAAAGGUGAUCUUCUAACAUCUCUUCGCCAUGGUGAUCCUGAAAAGUUUCGCAGACUUCAAUCAAGAUUUGUAACGGCUUCAAACCCAUCAGUUCAAGGAAAUAAAGCCAAGGAUCCUUUAACAGAACAAUGCCGUUUUUAUGAAGAAUUCAUAUUAACUGCUGACAGUUAUGCGCUUAACACCCAUCUUUGCAAUGAAUUGAGAGAAAGAAUCAAUGAUAUCGAGAUUCAACAAACUCAACAAAUACUGGACGAUGCUUCUGCUGAAACGGUCAAUUUUGCGAGUGUUUCUUCGUCUCUAUGCACCAUGAUAUCAUCGAUACGUGCUUUGGGUCGAUUUCUUGGCAUUGUGACUUUUCAACCUUAUGACACAGGUGAUGGUAUCACACCUUAUGACAGUCAUACUUUUGGUAAUAUCGUUUCUGCACUUGAAAAUUCAUCAACUCAAAACUAUAACUUGGUCACUGUUGCUUGGGUGACUGAAUACUUGAAAUCAGCAACUUUUUCAACAAAAUCACUAAUACCGGAAGCUGAAGAUACAAUCAAAAGAUUAUUCAUGAUUUACAGAGAGCAUGCAUACUGUGACAGGAAAGAUUUAACAACUGGAGAUGUUUUAAUAUGUUUGGCAAUUUCAUCCUUAUUUGAAAUGUCAAUAUUUCAAGAUAAUUUUUUCUAUACUAUGUUGAAAAAAUAUCCUGCUGAUAAAUAUUGUCAAAAAUCAAUGAAAUUAUCAAGUAUUGCUACACAAUCCAUGGAGCAAAAGGGAGAACUGGGAUCGCUGUCAUUCGAUGAUUGUUGUUCUGAUCUCAUAAGUUUUUCAUUAAUUUAUGACUGGUAUCCAUCAUUGAAAGAAAUUAGAUCAACCAUUAUAUCUUGUAAUUCUGGAGCUGAAAAAACAAAUCAAUCCCAACAACCACCAAGAAAGAUUAAACCUAAUACAGAAAAGAAAUCUGAAGAAACUUUAGCACAAAAGAAAGAGAAACAACUUCAGUUGACUUUAGAAGAACAUUUUUUCCGAGGUCAGCCAUCAUCACUAAAACGUACUGUUGCAUUCGUAGCAGAACGAUGUGCAUCAAACUGUGUGAAACACAUUCGAAGCAUUGCUAUGCUUAAGAUUUGUGAUGAAGCAGAACAACUCUUUAAACAAAGGAUUGCUGAAGGAAAUUAUGAAUUUGAUAAUUAUUCUAAAGUUGGGAUGACCAGGCAGGUUGUCAAUGAGAUGAAGUCUUCAGCUAAUGUUCGAAUGCAUAAAGAAGCAAAUGAAUAUUGUGAUCAAGCUGUACCACAGUGCAUGAAGGAUUUGGCAUCUUGCGAAUCUGCAGAUGGGGUUCUUAAUGUAGCUACUGCCAUUGCUAGGAAACGAGCAAUUUCUAGCGUUUACUCUUGGCUAGGUACGAGGUUGGAUGAAUUAGUAAGCGUUUCAGUCAAAGCAAGAUUGACGAAAGUCUCAUCUAAUGUGAAGAAAGAAGAACCUGCGUUGCCUCCUAAGCUACAAGUUUCAAUGAUGGAAGAAACAGACAGCAUUUUACCUAAGAUUGAAUCGCUUUCUUCAUUGCUGCACGUUAUGAAAGAAUACACUGUAAAAUUAAUGUUUCGCAAUAGUUCAAUGUGUCUGGUAUCUAUCGAUCCUUCAAUUCCUGCUCAAAUAUCAGAAAGAGACAUUUUAUUCGUUCUUUCAGUCGCCUGUGCACUACUUGGAGAAAAACAUUUCGAUUCUUCUUUCAUUAGUUCUAAUGUUGGAGCAGAGAAAUUCGAUAAAAUGCAACAACUGAUAACAUCUUCGCUACAUUUAAAAAAUUCUCUCCUUUUGUCCACGAGAGAAUUAGCAAAUCUUUUUGGAUUAUCUUUUGAGCAAAAUGUGGACAAUCUUGUUAGUUCCUCUCUUGUUCCUGCCAUUUCUGAUAUUCAACUCAGUUGUUCCUGACCCUAAUCACACAAGGCCUCGUAAUCACUGCCAGUUUGAUUUAAUAUUGUUUCGAUGGCAUUCAAUAAAUAUUUUGAUAUUUUCA